AUCUGGACUGAAACAAAAAUCCCAGCCUUCAUCAUGAGAGAUACCUGGCCCAUUGGAUUGAUGGUACUUGUGUACAUCUGGUUUCCCAAGGUUGCUGCUCAGAAUCUCAUAAAAAACCCCAGGGACCAGAAAACAGAGCAUACCCUCUUGAUUAAUGAAGUCAAUGCCGACAGCCCAGGAGAGGACAAUUCUGAGUUUGUGGAGCUCUAUCAUACCAGUGGUCAUACAGCCCACUUGGAUGGCUACUAUCUGGUCUUCUACAAUGGCAAUGGAAACAAAGCCUACAAAGUUCUAAACCUCCAGGGCAAAGUUACUAACAGCCAAGGGCUCUUUCUCAUUGGCUCCUCUUCUGUGAAGCCUGCUAUGGUUAUUCCUAAGAACACCAUCCAGAAUGGCCCUGAUGCCAUUGCUCUCUACUAUGGAAAAGGGAACUACAAGGAGGGCAUGAGUGUCACAAGUUAUGGUCUGGUAGAUGCCUUGGUCCAUAAGACUAAGAAGACAGACAGAGCAGAUACACUGGUCAGGGUACUGACCCCUGGCAGAGAUGCUUUCCUGGAGGACUCCACCUUCAUGACCAUGGAUGAGUCAAUAGAAAGGUGCCAAGGGGCAGAUUCUCAAUGGAUCUUCCAAGUGGCCAUGCCCACCCCAGGCACAGACAACCACUGCAUCCUAACGUCUCAGCUGAACGCAUCUGCUGUCCUGAUCAGUGAGGUCCUUGCUGCAUCUUCUUCUGGAGACUUUGAGUUCAUAGAGCUUCAGGGUCCCCACUCCACCAUGCUGAGGGACAUUGUUCUGGUGCUAAUUGAUGGUCGGACCAAAGACAUUUAUUUCACCAUGGAUGUUUAUGGCAAAACCUCACUGGAUGGGCUACUUCUGAUCGGGCCAGGACAGAGCAAAACCCCAG